AACAAAACGCUAACGUGACAACAAAACCGGACUUUUACCACAAUUUCGUCAAACCGGGAAGUCGUAAAGUGUCACAUGACGUAGAAAAAUGGCUGCGGUGCAGUGGCGUUCCCGUGGACGCAACUAUGACGCAGAGCUGCAGAGAUGUCGUCCUGAGGCGGCGCUGGUCGAGUUUGGAGACUACCAUCCCCUCAAACCCAUCAUGGUGACGGAUACAAAGACUCGCCGUGGAGCCCGUAAAGGCAGCACCUCCUCCUCUUCGUCUUCCUCUUCCUCAGCACCCGCCGACCCUCUCAGCUCCAUGCUGGACGGCACCGACCCUCUGUCCAUGUUUGCUGCCGCCUCGGCCACCGAGGCUCCUGCCAUGACACACAGCAGCUCCACAGGGGACCUGGGGAGGAAGAGGAGGGAGAAGGAGGAAGAGGCAGUGGGACUAGACUUUGAGCAUUGGUCAUCAAAGCGAGGCGAAAUCCUGGCCAGGUUCACCACCACCGAGAAACUCUCGAUUAAUCUUUUCAUGGGCUCUGACAGAGGAAAAGCUCUCAGUCCAGGAUCUUCAGCUGUUUCAGAGAAAGUUCGCACUCGCCUGGAAGAGCUGGAUGAUCUGGAGGAGGGUUCCCAGAGAGAGCUGCUGAACCUUUCCCAGCAGGAUUACGCCAACCGCAUCGAGGAGCUGAACCAGUCCCUGAAGGAGGCCUGGGCCUCCGACCAGAAGGUCAAAGCUCUGAAGAUUGUCAUCCAGUGCUCCAAGCUUCUGUCCGACACCUCUGUGAUCCAGUUCUACCCCAGCAAGUUUGUUCUCAUCACUGAUAUUCUCGACACUUUUGGCCGGCUGGUGUACGACAGAAUCUGGACCAUGUGUUCAGACCCACGACCUUUACCAGACGGCUUCACAGUUGAAGAUGUGAACGACACGGCCAAAGAAACGUGUCUCAACUGGUUCUUCAAGAUCGCCUCCAUCAGAGAGCUCCUGCCCCGACUAUAUGUUGAAGCUGCCAUCCUCAAGUGCAACCGCUUCCUAAACAAAUCUGGCAUUCAGGAGACCCUCCCUCGGCUGACAGCCAUGAUCAGAGGUAUUGGAGAUCCUCUGGUGGCUGCGUACACCAGAGCUUACCUCUGCAGGGUGGGCAUGGAGGUGGCCCCCCACCUGAAAGACAGCCUGAACCGCAACUUCUUCGACCUGCUCGGCACCUUCCGGCAGAUCAGUGCAGAGAGCGUCCAGAACCAGCUGGUCCUGCAGAGGGUGGAGGUGCCCGAGUACCUGACCCUCUACUCUCCUGCCAUCAACUGGAUCCUGCAGUGCAUCGCCUACCGAGCUCCAGAGCCUCUGCUAACGGAGAUGAUGGAGAGGUGCAAGACGCUGGGAAAUAAUGCCUUGCUUCUGAAUUCAGUAAUGAGAGCGUUCAGGCCAGAGUUUGUUGCAGCCAGAGCCACGGACUUCAUCAGCAUGAUCAAAGAGUGCGACGAGUCCGGCUUCCCAAAGCAUCUGUUGUUCGGAUCUCUGGGUCGCAGUCUGGCUUGUGCAGAUCCUCCAGAAUCUGAGCGGCUCACGAUCCUGAACGAAGCCUGGAAGGUCAUCACCAAAGUUCGCAGUCCUCAGGAUUACGUCAACUGUGCUGAAAUCUGGGUGGAGUUCACCUGCCGACACUUUACAAAACGUGAAGUCAACACAGUUCUGGCUGACAUCAUCAAACACAUGACGCCUGACCGAGCGUUUGAAGACGCCUAUCCUCAGCUGCAGUCAGUGAUCCGGAAGAUCCUCACCUACCUCCAUGACUUCUCCGUCCUCUUCUCCAUGGAGCGUUUCCUGCCGUUCCUCGACAUGUUCCAGAAGGACAGCGUGAGGGUGGAGGUCUGCAAAUCCAUCAUGGAGGUCUUCAUCAGACACCAGGUGGAGCUCACCAGAGACCCGGUCAUCCUCAACGCCAUGCUGCACAUCUGCAAGACCAUGCACGACUCUGUCAACGCUCUUACUCUGGAGGAUGAGAAAAGAUCUUUAGCGCUGCUGAUCAUCGGCUUCAUCCGCAUGGUUUCCUUUGGUCGAGACUUUGAGCAGCAGCUGAGCUUCUGUGUGGAGGCCAGAGCCACUUUCUGUAACCUGGAGCCAGUUCUGGUGCAGCUCAUCCACACGGUGAACCAGCUGGCCAUGGAGACCCUGAGAGUGAUGAGAGGGAGUCACUCCCGAAAAACUGCUGCCUUCGUCAGAGCGUGUGCUGCCUACAGUUUCAUCACCAUCCCGUCUCUCAGCAGCAUCUUUAGUCGUCUCAGCCUCUACCUGCUGUCUGGGCAGGUUGCCUUGGCCAACCAGUGUCUCUCCCAGUCGGAUGCGUUCCUUCAGGCAGCGGUCAGUGUUCUCCCAGAGGUUCCUCGCUCCAUCAGUGUUGAGGGAAAACUUCGCUCCUCUGAGAGCUUCCUGCUGGACUUCAUCAACAACUUCUUGGCAACGCUGCUAGUCGUCCCGGACCAUCCGGAGCAUGGGGUGCUCUACUUAGUCCGCGGUCUGCUCAACAUGGUCCAGGAUUACACCUGGGAGGAUAACAGUGAUGCCAAAGUGCGGGUUUACGUCAGCGCUCUGCCCGUGCUGGCCGCCAUGAGCCAGGAAACGUAUCUCUAUUCUAUCCCCAAAGUGGACUCCAAUGAGACUCUAUAUGGAGGAGACCCCAAGUUUCUGUCAGAGAUCAACAAGCUGUGUGAGACUCUGAUCGGUCAGAUCCUGGACCAUCUGAAGGCGCUCGGUCGGGAUGAGAACCCACGACGUCAAGGCGCUCUAGCUUUCUCCCUGUUUGGCGUCCUGUUGGCUCACGGUGACCUGAGGAACAACAAGCUGAGCCAGCUGGCUGUCAACCUGUGGAACCUCAGCCACAAACACGGAUUCUGUGAGACUCGGAUCUCUGUUCGGACUCUGGAGUUCAUCAAACAUCAGGCUCAGCAGCCCGACAUGGCUCACCUGUCAGACACAGUCCAGAGGCUCGCUCUACAGUCCCGCACCUGAACGACUUCCUCGGCAUUGUUUGUAAAAUUGUUUAAGAAAAGUGGUCCGUUCCAGUUUGUGUAAAUAAAACUAACAAGAAGCACUGAGCAGUUUAAAAA